UUUGCGUUGUUUUUGCUAGGUUAAGUUCUGUAACUCACUGAUUGUUUAUUUUUAUAAAGUUUUUUAUUCUUAUCAGUUUUUCGCCGCAAUCGUAAGAUUUUAGCUGUAAAAGCAUCUACGCAGUUUACAUUACCAUGCUCGUUUAUCACCUUGGCGAGUAACAUUCCUCGGAAGUUGCGUGUAGUUCUAGAAUGGUGUCAAUAGUCCAAACAUACAUGGAGAUAGAAGGUUUUCGAUCUUAUCUUGACGAACUUUACUCACCAGAUCCUGAAAAAUGCCUCUCAGCUGUCCUGAGUUUAAAAAAUUCUGUCAUCGGAAGCAAUCGUCAAAAAGGAAACAUGAUUGCUCAAGGAGUCGUUACAAGGCUAAUGCAAAUUUUAGGUGACAUUGGUCUCAAAGCAGAACUAAGGACAGAAGCAGCCUUUACAUUGGGGUCAUUAGCAAAAGGUUCUGAAGCCCACGUUGGUGAACUCAUCAAAAUAGGCGUUGUACCUCUACUGCUCGAUAGCAUUUUAACCAGUGAGGAUAGCAAAUUAACUGAAGCUUGUCUGCGGUGCUCUUGUUCGAUUUUCAAACAUCCAACAGUCCCUGUAGAGCUAGUUUUUCAGAAUAGGCAACUUGUAUCACACUUACUUCAAUUAGCUAUGAAUUCAGUCCCCAGUCAAAUUUGUGUCAUGACAAUUCUGGCUGCAUCAUGCAAGAGUCAAGACAAUCAAAAUAUUUUAAAUGAUGAAGGAGCUGUUUCGUUGAUUGCCUCUCUCUUAUGUUCUCCCCACUACGCUGUUAUUAUGCCCACCCUUCAUUGCCUGGCUAAUCUCUGCUAUCAGAACCCGAAUAUAGCUGCUAUAGUUUCAACAACCAGUUAUGGUGGCAAAAGUAUCCCAGAUUUGCUUGUUCCUUUGAUGUCUCGUGACCAACCCUCAGACACACAGUUGGCUGCUGCAAAAUGUGCCACAAAUCUGCACAGAGCCCAUGCACUAAGUGCGGAAGACCCUAGAAUACUGUACAAGGCCCUUCCAGUUCUGGUAUGUCUCUGUAAAAAAGAAUGUAAAUGGGAAGAAAGAGUGAAAGCUGCCGAAACAUUGGCAUUCUUAACAGAAGUAGACACCCAAUUACAACAGUUGGCCUCAAUAUCCAACCAUCUAAUACCCACGCUAGCUGAAUUCUUGCAUUAUCGACCGGAAACCUCAAAUUCAAGUUUAUCUCCCUCAGACCAUGACCAUAUUGCUCGAGAACUGAAACAGGCUGCUUUUCGGGCUUUCUCAUCACUGGGUGCAAAUGAUGAAGACAUCCGGAAGAAAAUCAUCGAGACGGAUAGCAUUAUGAAGCAUAUUGUCUCAGGACUUCAAGAUUCCUAUCUUAAAGUUCGGCUUGCCGCCAUCCGUUGUUUGCACUCUCUUUCCCGGUCUGUUCAGCAACUGCGCACAACUUUUCAGGAUCAUUCAGUGUGGCGGCCAUUAAUGAAUCUGCUUCAACACGCCACGGACGAUAUUUUGACCGUGAGCGUAGCUUCGUCCACAUUGUGUAAUCUUCUCCUAGAAUUCUCCCCUUCUAAAGAACCUAUUCUUGAAUCUGGAGCAGUUGACUUACUUUGUAGCUUGACAAAAAGAGACGAUCCAGCCUUGAGGUUAAACGGAGUUUGGGCAUUAAUGAACAUGGCAUUUCAAGCUGAUCAGAAAAUAAAAUUACAAAUUUUACAUACUCUUGGUACAGAUCAGCUCUUUAGAUUACUUUCCGACUCUGAAGUAAAUAUCAUAAUGAAAACUUUGGGUUUACUAAGGAAUUUACUCUCUACCAAACCUCAUAUCGAUCACAUAAUGGGACUGUGUGGAAGUCAAAUUAUGCAAGCUGUAAUUUUAAUUCUGGAAGGAAACCAUUCAGUGGAAGUCAAAGAGCAGGCGCUUUGUAUUUUAGCCAAUAUAGGAGAUGGCAUUACUGCAAAAGAUUAUAUUAUGGCCAAUGAAGAUGUUUUGAAAAAACUUCAAGAUUAUAUGUUACAUAGCAAUGAAAAACUUCAAAUAGCAGCAAUAUUCUGUAUUUCAAAUCUAGUAUGGAAAGAAGACAGCGGCUCUGCUGAAAGACAAGCAAAGCUCAAAGAAAUGGGAAUCUAUGCUCUCCUUCAGCAACUAAUAAUCACUUCCGAUGCUCUCUUAUUUGAUAAAGUUAAAACCGCAAUGACUCAAUUCUCUGAUGCGUGACAUGCUGACGCUGCUGCAUUAUGCAUCCAUCCCACUUUACUUUCUCCUUCAGCGUGGAAAUUACCCUUCAAGUUUCCGUAGUGUAAUGAACAUCUCAGCCCCUCCUCUGCCAAUUGAAUAUCAAAAGAAUGAAGUGCCACUAUUUGUUGUGUGUGAAAAAUUAGGAAAGCUUGUGAAGUUUCCCCCCUACUUUUUUAAUGGUUUGGAAAUUACGCCCAGAAUUUAUUUGAGUAAAUAGAAGUCAUUAUCACUUCCCGGAAAAAUAUCAACCAAAUUCUUGCUCCUUUAAAUCAGCAAGGCAUCAGAGAUUUUUUCAUACUGUCGGAAUAUUUUUUAGUGCUCUUAAUAUUUUGAAAGCCCUUGUUCUGAAAAAACUUUGCAGUUCAGUUGUACGCAAAACCCAUCACUGUUUUCAUUUUAAUUGCCCCAGAUUAAGAAGGCUUAUGAAUCACUUUCCCCAAAUGGAUCAAUUGACUCAACAGAACCUAAUAACUGUAUAUUUAAUGAUUUUAGCACUACUCACAUAAUCAGCCAGAAAAUACCAGUGUUAAUAUCUGCUGGAAGUAUCAGCGAAUGUAAUUUUACCAAAUUUCAAAAUAAAUUUUUUUUCCCUAUAAUGAUCUGGAACUUUGAGAAAGACUGUUGCCUUUUAAAUAUUUCUAUAAGCAGCAAUGUGCCUGUUCUUAAAGUUGUUCUAUACAUAUUCCUCAUUUCAGUGAUCAGUUAAUUAAGGAUGAAAAAAAGAUUUCGACAUCUUAAAAAUGUCUUUUAAGACUAAUGCAGUUUUACCCCCGUGAUUUUAGGCAUCAUUGUGCACUACCUUAUUCUCAACUGUCUGCAAGAGCUGUAUCUAAGUUAAAAAUCUUAUGAAGAAAGAAUCUAGAAUUUACGCUAAUGUAUCAGUUUGCAAUCUCAAGUCUUUGAACUUUCAGCAGAUGGAAAAGCUAAAGUAGCCAAUAGAAAGAAAAUGUCUUCAGGAAAAGCUUUCUAGGUAGCAAAGAGAGCUGAGGAAGAUCAUGUAUGUACCUUAAAGCUGAAUCACAAAUUAGAAAAAUACAUGAGUUGAUUUUUGCCAAAGACCCUCUAAAAGAAAAUUUGACUCUCAAUUUGCUCUCAGUUACAGUUACGCUUACUCCUUGUUUCAUCUAUGUCAUCCUGCAUAAUAGAUCUGAGUUGCAUGUAACAAAGUUUGUGGGAAACGUACUAAUCUUCUAUUAAUGUUCCGUUUGUAAUCUUAACUUUAUUUUUAAACUUUUUAUUUCAUCUGAUUUUAUUCCAUUGUCAAACCUGAGAAACUAUACAAUUUUCCGUCUUUUUUUCUUUUUCUUAUUGUUUAGUAAUGUGAUUCACACUGUCAGUCUUUAGUAAAAAGAACUUGUCUGUACCCACAACCCAAUAGGAAAAACUGUAUCAAAAUACAUCAUUGUUUUGAAAUUA